UGAGCCUGCCAACCGAUGGACAGAAACAAAGAAAGAAUGGCACCAAACGUGACGAGUGCCCCGACGGGAGUACUGUUCGAAGGAGAGUCGCUCGACCAAACCACUACUACCGAACCUUCCAAAGAGAAGUACCAGAGACACAUCGUUUGGAGAAACGUCCUAGUCUUCGGUUACCUUCAUCUGGCAGCGGUUUACGGACUGUUCCUCGUCUUCACGUCCGCCAAAUUGCUGACAAGCCUCUUCGCGUUUGCCCUGUACUUAUGUGGCGGUUUGGGAAUCACAGCCGGUGCUCACAGAUUAUGGUCGCACAAAUCGUACAAAGCGAAAUGGCCGCUCCAGGUCCUGCUAAUAAUUUUCAACACCAUAGCAUUCCAAGAUGCUGCACUCGAUUGGGCCAGAGAUCACAGACUUCACCAUAAGUACAGCGAGACGAACGCCGAUCCCCAUAACGCGAAAAGAGGAUUCUUCUUCGCGCACGUGGGCUGGCUCCUGUGCAAAAAGCAUCCGGACAUCAAGGAAAAGGGAAAAGGAAUCGAUCUGAGCGAUUUGAAAAGCAACCCCGUACUUAGGUUUCAGAAGAGAUAUUACAAAAUUUUAAUGCCCCUGAUGUGCUUCGUGAUGCCGACUAUCGUACCAGUUUACUGUUGGAACGAAACGUGGUCGAACGCGUACUUCGUCUCCACGAUUAUGCGUUACGUUUUCACCCUGAAUGUCACGUGGCUGGUCAACUCCGCGGCUCAUUUGUUUGGGAACAAACCGUACGACAGAUUUAUCAAUCCCUCGGAGAACAAGGGGGUAGCUUUUACUGCGUUCGGUGAGGGUUGGCACAACUAUCACCACGUGUUCCCAUGGGACUACAAAACGUCCGAGUUGGGUGGCUACAAAUAUAACAUAACGACAGCUUUCAUUGAUUUCGCCGCGAAGCUCGGUUUAGCGUACGAUCUGAAAAUGAUUCCCAAGGAUAUGGUGCAGAAACGAGUGGAGCGGACCGGGGACGGUACACACGAACUGUGGGGUUGGGGCGACAAGGAUCAGUCGCAGGAAGACAGGGACCAGACGUUGGUGAUAAACAGUCAGAAAAAGGAUUACUAGAGGUGAUCCUCGUUACUGACCGAUCAUUCGUUCUCGCAUUCCAAGAACGACGAUCAAAUUCUUUGUACAGUUCUCAGGACGGAACCGGGUUGAACUAUCCGAGAACCAAUCGGGAUAUUUGGGAAAUAUCACUUAAUAUUUUUAGUCCCGCGGUUGUGCACAAAUCAGCUAGGUCCGAUUUUCUACGAGAUCAAUUUACCGCGCUCUUUCUAAUAGAGUGUGAUGUGAUACAUUUUAUCUUUCUGUCGGAACGGUCUGAAUCGAAAUAAAAUCGACGGCAGCUAAGGUUCAUGAACUUCAUGCAGUUUGUUCCUUAAUAAGUUACGAAAUAUAUAUGAUUGUCGGAUCCAUGUAAUUCCUUCCACUUUUAACAUUCAGAAAGAGCAAAAAAACAAGAAAAAAACCGUUUCGUUCCUACGAAUCUGUGUUAAUAGUUGUGGUCUACGGUGUGAUCGUAUCGUACCGUGGUCGCGCGUGUGUACAGCACUGUGAAGAACAGUUUCAACGAUGAAACGCUCUUUUAAACAAAUAAAGAACUAACUGUUCUGAAAGUCGAAUGUAGCUGAUGUUCUGCGAUUAACGCGACUGAUUUGAUGGGUCAUUUGGCAGGUUCUAAAUGUGUCUCAGAGAUACUGCGGCAGGAGGGGAGGGAGUCAGAGUACAUCUUGACCAAAACGUUCCUCGCUUGCUCGAUUUGUGUCUUUUUUUCUACAGUACAAUGGCAAACUCGCGUUCGACGACCGUUUCUGAAUGAUUUCGAUCGCCAAAGCGUAGAUGGCUCGCUCCGUAGGGUGAAAAAUUCGAUCGGACACAAUCGCGAGCCAUCCUCUCUUUGGUUGAUUGAUCAGCGCGCGAACACCGUCAUAAGUAGACUUUAUUUAACGUUGCAAAAGCAGACUACGAAGGGACGAAACACGGAGCGACAAGUGCUGACGGUCUAGCGCUGUAUUUAACUUGAAAAUUUCACUCGAUCGGUUCGAGUUGUACGAUCGCUGAUACCCUUGGACGCUACGGACGUAUCUGUUUGAAACCGAACGUCUCGUAGCAUCAAAAGGGCCAAGGAUCGUACAACGUUGUAGUUAAACUACUUUGAGAAAUAAUUAAGUUCAGAAAUCUUAUCGAAGACCGAAAUGUUUCGUAUACGUCAACGAGUUCAGGUUUCUUUCGUUUCCUCUCAGUUUUCUUAUCUUCUUCUUUGUUUUCUCUUUCUAAUUGCACUUCCUAUCAUCCAGAACAUUGUUUGAAUUCCCCCCAUAAGAAAGAAACUUGGCUUCGAAACACGCAUUUUAGUUCUCUCCCUCUCGUCCGAGCAUUUAGUCGCAACAUUUCUUGUAGGGGAUAAAUAUAAAUGUGUCUAAUAAAAGCGAAUUAUUAUUAUUAUUAUUAUUAUUAUUAAUAUUAUUAUUAUUAUUCUUAAUGUUAUUAUUCAUCGAGAUCAGGACUUCCCUGAACGUCCCUUCCUCUUUCUUGUAUUUCGGGUUCACGAAAAACUUAUCGAUCAAUCGAUUCUCGAUACUAACGAAUGUAAGUUCAGCGACCAAAAGUUUUUCGUUACUUCUUAAUUAUGAAUAUAUAUUUAUUGAAACGUGAACACUAUUUAUGCGAUGCUUCUAUGAACUCUCUAACAAGAUAUUAAAUUGUUAUUAUUACUUUGGGGCUUGAAAGACGUUUUCUUUAAGACACGAGAUGAAAAGUUAAACAAUUUCUUGCUUACUUAAGGAAUUAUAGUUUGAACAUGUGUGUAUUAAUCGUCUAUAUUUAAAAAAAAGAAAAUGAAAUAAAAAUUAUUCUUCGGAUUGAAGCAUCUUUCAUAUUAAAUACGAAUACGAUUAUCGUUGUUCGAGGUACUAAUGUACGCCAGGAGAAAUUUUUAGACUCGUAGAAAUAGGUUUCAGUCGCAACGAGCUUACGAGAAGCUUAUCAAGUACCUAACGCAGACAAUGAAGCGAUGUAUCACGCUUUCUAGAGUUAUACACGAUAAUAAACACGUCUCUAAUUUAUUCUUCUAGGCUGUUGGAUGUUCGAAACGAAAUAGUGUGAUUGCAAAUUGGUUGAGAGCCAACGGGACGAAACUAUUGUUACUUUUAGGUGUAUAUCAUGCGCAAAUGCGAUUUACAAUAUGUAUUUGUACAAAUUCUUUUGCAAGAUAACUCAUUGCAAACCAAAAAAGGAGAAAAAAAUGAAACAGAACUGAAAUAAGAAAAAAAAGUAUAUACA